UGAUAAAAUUAAAGAUGGGGAAUGAGCUGUCUUUCGAUAAUGCGAGUGGAGAAGUGCCACCCUCCCUACUGCGGGUCUUAGGGAUUAAUAUCGAUUCCCAAGAUAACGUUGACGAAACAUCAAAUUGGACUUCACCUGUUGAUCUUGACUAUGUAAUCGAAAAUGAUGAACUAAUAGUUAAAGAGAGUAAUUUUGGUGAUGGCUUUGUAGUACUAGAUGUAGCUAAACGGAAUGCGACUGCACAGCCUAACAUUAACAAUAUAAAAGCAGACACGCCUACUGAAACCUUAUAUGACAAAAGUAAAAGUUCUGGUGAUGGUUUUGCAGAAAUAGAUGCAAAUAAAGGGAGUGCGACUGAAUCGCUAAACAAUAGUAAUAAUUCAAAAGCAGACGCGCCUAUUGAAACCAUAUAUGACAAAAGUAAAAGUUCUGGUGAUCAUUUUGUAACCAAAUAUGACAACUUUGUCGGUUUACAAAAUGGCAAAAACAAAACUAAACAAAGAAAUCGUAAAGGUCAUCGACAAAAACAAUCUGUAAAAGUUGCGACGCCAAAUACUAUUGACAAUGGUAUUGAUUUCAAUGGGAACGAUGGAGAAAACAACAACAGAUGUAGUGCAACUGAGGAAAAGCGUGAAGGAUCAAAACCCAAAGGCAAAACGACAAAAAAUAAAUGUCAAGUUCCGAACAAGAACGAUUAUUUAAAAACAGAAGAACGAAACGCCUUCCAAGCUGCUGUAAUCGAAAAAAUGACGGAAGGAUCUUCACUAUGGCGACGUAAAAUGGUCGUCUGUUUUAACGCGCUAGACCAAACUGGUGACGGUUUUAUUCAGAAGGAAGACUUUCAGGAUAUGAUAAGAAGAAUAGAGAGUCGAUAUCAACUUUCGGGACGCUCGAUGAGUGAUUUACGUCGACAUGGUUUAUCAUUUGUGUUGAUCGAAGUUUUAUGGAGUACUGUUUUAACAGCCGGAAACGACCAAGGGCCUGAUUACAAAAUAUCGCUUGAAGAAUUCAUCCGCAUUCUUCACACCUACUUUGCGGUGGAGAGGUACAAAGAAUACUUGCGUGUCACAAUUACCCACUGCGCGGAACAUAUUUAUGAUAUUCUGGACUGUGAUCAUGAAGGGGGAAUUGACGUUAACAGAUACAAACAUUUUUUAGAGAUUUUUGGGGCGAAAGACGAUGUUGCUGAUAAUGGUUUCGAAGAUAUCGACGCAGAUCAUACUGGCGAGAUCUCUAGAUUUGAGUUCAUCGACGCAUACACUGAUUUUUGGAUGAAUCAAGAGUUAGGAUGUGGAGCACUACUCCUCGGAAAAUAUUAAAACAACAGAGUGUAAAUUAGAAAUACAGUCUACUAUAAUGGUUUAAAUCAUGUAUGCAGAAUUGUGCACCACGAGAAAUCCUCUUAAAUACAGUGCAAUCAUGGACAAAUAGCAAAAUAAUACUUUUAGGCCGAAAUAAAACUUUAGAGUAGAAUAAAGUAGAUAGAGUAAAAGAAAUAACAAAUAUUAUAGAAAACAAUAAUAUAACAGCGUGUAACAAGCACUAUGGAUAACUUUGGUGUCGAUGCUAGGGAUCAAAUGAAAACAAUAAUAAAACAACAUGUAACCGAUACUAUGGGUAACUUUGGUGCCACCUUUUUAUGAUACAAGUUUUUUGUAUAGCAAGAAAAUACAAAACCAACGUUUUAUUCAUCUGCUCAUUAUUUCUUGAAAACUUCGUCCAAAGGGAUCGUUAUGCUGCACUUGUUUCGAUAUAUUACUUCAUCAAAAUAUUAUGCCCU